CCUAGAAAGAAAUGGCGUCAUGGACUACUCCCUGCUAGUGGGCUUGGAGAAGAAGAACAGCCUCUUGGUUCUGGGCAUCAUAGACUACAUACGAACCUUCACAUUGGACAAACGAGUAGAGUCGAUCAUCAAGCAGUCCGGUCUGCUCGGCGGCAAGGGCAAAGAUCCCACGGUGGUAUCGCCAGAGCGCUAUAAGCAGCGCUUCAUUGAUGCCAUGGAUCGGUACUUCCUCACUGUGCCCGAUCGCUGGGAGCGUCUCUCCAAGGUCUGACUUCACACCCCUCACACACAGUUAUUAUAGAUGUAGACGCAAAAUAAAGUAGACGCCACACAGCUCCACAA